AUGUUUUUAGGUAAUAUAUGGGGUGUCAUGGCUGGUUGGCAAGUACUUGCACUUAUAUUAUGUGGUGCUGGCACUGUUGUAUCAUAUACUUGCACAAUUUACGGUGAAUUUAUUUCAAUUCUUGCUUUAGCUAUCUGUUAUUUCAUAAUCUUUAUAACAAACGUUUGGUGGUGGCCAAAAUCCAAAACUCCAUGGUGGUCAUACUUCCUUGUUGCUUUAUUCUGCCUUGGUGGUGAUAUCUCUGGUGUUUUUGCGUAUAACUAUACAUCACUUGCUUCUGCUAUGCUUUUAGCAACAACUGUUAUCUUUUGGGUAGCACCAAUUGCAUAUUUUGUUUUUCAUAGAAAAGUUAAUUGGAAACAAAUGAUUGCAAUGAUAUUGGGAGUCUUAGGAGUGUCCAUGAUUCUUAUUGCACAAGGAAUAAAGGAUAGCAAGCUUAAAGGAAACCUUAUUGCUCUUUCAAGUGCGAUUUGUUAUGCAUUCUCAACAAUUUUACAGGAGAAGUUGGUUAAAGAUGAUAGCGCAAGAUUAUAUCUACUUAGAUUAUCAAUAUCCGCAUUACCAAUUUCCAUUAUUUUGAGUGGAAGUUUAGAAUGGAAGACAAUUAAAAAUUACAAGUGGGAAACAAAGUCUAUUUGCCUCACAGUUGGAUAUUCAGUUCUUCUAUCCUUAUAUUACAUGCUAUCUCCUGUAAUUAUGAAAUAUUCCAACGCAACAGUUAUGAAUAUUUCAAUGCUAUCGUCAAACUUCUAUUCUUUGGCCAUAGACAUAUUCCUGUUCGGAAGCAAAGCAAAUUGGCUCUAUUUGGUCGGUUUUAUGUUCAUUCCGCUCGCAGUUUCGAUUUUCGUGCUCUCUGAACCAAAGCCAUCGAAGGAUAGUGCUCCACAGCUACUAGUAUCAGAUGAUAUAAGCUCAAUAAGUAAAGAACCAAGCUUAAUGUAA